ACCUUUCCCUUUAAAAAAAAAAAAAAAAAAAAAAAAGGACUACUGUGCCUUUAAAUGACCCGGAAGUAGAAAGCCCGGCUCUAAAGCGGAUAUUACCGUGACGCCGGGGUCAGAAGUUCUCUCUCACAGCCAUCUUGGAUAUAACGUCCUGAGUCGCAACCAUGCCCGGCGAAGCCACAGAAACGGUCCCAGUCACCGAGCAGGAGAUGCAGCAGCCUCAAGUGGAGACUGCUCCACCUCCUGCCCCAGCUUCCUCUCAGCAACCUAAGGCAGCUUCUGGCGCUGCUAAGCCCAAAGGCAAAGAUGCCAAGAGUGUGCAGGGUUCCUCUGCCCCAAAGGCUGUCCCUGGCAGAAGAAAACGCUCUUCUAUGUCUGCCUCUUCCUCCUCUCCCACUUCACCAAAAUCUACUCCCUCCUCUACCCCCCUGUCACCUGUGAUCUCUCCCCUAGCCUCCUCACCUGCAAGUUCUAAUCAGGCUCACCGCUCCGCCCCCAAAGUUGUCAAGGCUGGCAAACAAGGAAAACCUAAGAAAGGAGAGGCAUUUGUGCCUGUCCCCGAAGAGUGCAAGGUCCCUGCAGCAAUUGUGAAACCAGUAGAGGCUAGUGCCAAGCAAACUGUAGUUGAAGCUAAACAUGCCCCAGCUGAAACAAAGAAACCCUCAGCACCUGCUGCAAAGCCAGUAGCAGCACCAGCUGCUUUUAAAGUUACCUCAAAGCCCGCUGUCGCAGCACCAGUUUCUUUUUCAGAAACCCUUGCUUCUAGCCCUCCCAAAUCAUUUGAUGUAAAAGCGACUAUAGCAAAAGCUGCUCCUGUUACUGCAGCUGCUGAUGAUCUCCCCCCACUUAUCCCACCUGAGAAUCCAGUGAAGAUGCCUGUAUUUGUACCUCCUGUUGAGAAAGAGGGUAUUAAACUUACUGCUGUUAAGGCAGAUAAACCAGCUCUUAUUGAAGCUGCGAAACCAGCAGCAUACCAGGCUGUUAAGGUAGAACCCCCAAGCAAACCUGCUCCUGCCGAAGCUCCCAAACCAGUUGCCAAGGCCAAACCUGCUCCAGUUGAGGCUCCUAAACCAGUUGCCAAGGCCAAACCUGCUCCACUUGAGGCUCCUAAACCAGUUGCCGUUGCGGCUCCUAAACCUGCUCCAGUUGAGGCUCCCAAACCAGUUGCCGUUGCGGCUCCUAAACCUGCUCCAGUUGAGGCUGCCAAACCAGUUGCCGUUGAGGCUCCUAAACCAGUUGCCAAGGCUAAACCUGCUCCAGUUGAGGCUCCCAAACCAGUUGCCGUUGCGGCUCCUAAACCAGUUGCCGUUGAGGCUCCUAAACCAGUUGCCAAGGCUAAACCUGUUCCAGUUGAGGCUCCCAAACCAGUUGCCGUUGAUGCUCCUAAACCAGUUGCCGUCGAGACUCCCAAACCAGCUGCCGAGGCUCCCAAACCAGUUCACGAGGCUAAACCUGCUGACGUCAAGGCUCCUAAACCAGUUGCCGUCAAGGCUCCCAAACCAGCUGCUGAGGCUAAGCCUGCUGCCGUCGAGGCUCUCAAACUAGUUCCCGAGGCUAAACCUGCUGACGUCAAGGCUCCUAAACCAGUUGCUGACGUCAAGGCUCCUAAACCAGUUGCUGACGUCAAGGCUCCCAAAUCAGCUGCCGAGGCUAAGCCUGCUGCCGUCGAGGCUCCCAAAACAGUUGCCGAGGCUAACCCUGCUGAUGCCAAGGCUCCCAAACCAGUUUCCAAGGCUAAACCUGCAGACGUCAAGGCUCCCAAACCACUUCCUGAGGCUAAACCUGCUGCCGUUGAGGCCCCUAAACCAGUUGCCGAGGCCAAACCGGCUCCCGUUGAGGCUGCUAAGCCAGUAACCAAGGCUACACCUGCUCCCGUUAAGGUUCCAAAACCAGUUGAAGAAACUAAAGCUGCCCCUGUUGAGGCGCUCAAGCCAGCUGUAGACUCUAAACCAGCUGCUGCCGAGGUUACCAAGCCAGCUCCUGUGAUGGCUGACAAACCAGUGACUGAGGCCAAAUUGGUUGAGGUCAAGGCUGCACCUGCAGAGGUUGCCAAGCCUGAAAAACCAGCAGCUGAACCUUCAUCUGCUCCCUUAAAACCUGCUCAAGUUGAGCCUGCUGUUCCUGCCCCAGCCCCCCGUAAACUCACAUUUGCCGAGGCGGUUGCAAAACCUGCCCCGGUUAAACCUGAGGUUGAGGUAAUCAGUACAACUCCUUCUGAACCCAUCUCAUCACCCAAACCUGCUAAAACACCAGCCAAGGUGGAGUCUGAGAUCAAGAACGACAAGGGAUCUGGCACUGAGUCCGACAGUGACGACUCUGUGCCUGACCUGGAGGAACAGGACUCUGCACAGACACAAACGCAGCAAGCUCAGCUCGCAGCAGCUGCUGAGAUCGACGAGGAACCCGUCAGCAAAGCCAAACAGAGCCGCAGUGAAAAGAAGGCACGGAAGGCAAUGUCAAAGCUCGGUCUCAGGCAGGUAACGGGGGUCACCAGGGUCACCAUUCGCAAAUCAAAGAACAUCUUGUUUGUCAUCACCAAACCAGACGUCUACAAGAGCCCUGCAUCAGACACAUACAUCGUCUUCGGUGAAGCCAAGAUCGAAGAUCUUUCCCAGCAGGCCCAGCUGGCAGCCGCAGAAAAAUUCAAGGUCCAGGGAGAAGCCGUAUCAAACAUCCAGGAAAACACACAGACGCCAACAGUACAGGAGGAAAGCGAAGAAGAGGAGGUUGACGAGACCGGAGUUGAGGUCAAGGACAUUGAACUCGUCAUGUCGCAAGCCAACGUGUCGCGAGCGAAGGCUGUACGCGCCCUGAAAAACAACAAUAACGACAUUGUCAAUGCCAUUAUGGAGUUGACGAUGUAAUGGGACCCUUGUCCACAAAGGGUUGAAGAAAGGUUGCUGGUUUAAUCUAAGCUCGUUUAUACAAUUUAUACCCAAGAUGGAAAUAAAGUUGUGGCUUGAUAAAAGGAAA